AUGGUCCCAGGGGACAGUGGAGUUUACUGGUGUGAGUCCAGAGAGGGAGCAACCAGUAACAGCAUCACCAUCACUGUCACUGAUGGACCAGUGAUCCUGCAGAGUCCUGUCCUCCCUGUGAUGGAGGGAGAAGACCUCACUCUGACCUGUAGAACAAAGAUGUCCUCCAACCUCCCAGCUGGUUUCUAUAAAGAUGGCUCCUUCAUCAGGAAUGAGCCUGCAGGUCACAUGACCAUCCACCAUGUUUCCAGGUCUGAUGAAGGCCUCUACAGGUGUCACAUCAGCAGUGUUGGAGAGUCUCCACCCAGCUGGGUCUCUGUCACAGAGAAACCAAAGACCACAAGCCCUCCUACGAGCUCUCUGCCCCAUGACACGUCAGCUCCGCCCCCUGACACCACAGACCCACCAACCUCGUCAGUUCCGCCCCCUGAUACCUCAGCUCCGCCCCCAGCCUCAGACCCCCUCCAGCUUGUGAUCAGACUGGUCGUCCACCUGGUGGUGUUCUGUCCGUACUGCAUCUCCACUUUCAUCAUGGUGUCUUUAUAUCGACGUAGGACCACAGGAAACCUGCCUGUCUCCGUGGUGAUGACCCCUCCCACCCAGGCUGAGGAGGGAUUGGAGAUUGAAGACUAUGAUAAUGUCACCACUGCUGUCACCACAGAGCAUCACUUCUGA